AUGGGGUCGGCGGGGCGCCUCGGUGGGGCGUUGGCAUUGGUCACAGGAGGUGCCAGCGGCAUCGGCCGAGCCGUCUGCGCCCGCUUGGCGCGGGAAGGCGCCCGCCUGGCGGUGGCCGACCGGGAUGAAGUGGGAGCGGGAGACACUGUGGGGGGGCUCCACUCGGGGGGGGACACCCCCCACGCGGGAAGUGGGGGACCCCCCCAACCCCACGCCGCUUUCGGGGUGGACGUGGCUUCGGUCCCCAGCGUCACCCGGCUCCUGGCCCGCGUCCAGGAGCAUUUUGGGGUCCCCCCCAGUAUCUGCGUGGGGUGCGCGGGUGUCACCCGUGACGAGUUCCUGCUGCGGCUGGGGGAGGGGGCCUUCCGGGAGGUGCUGGGGGUCAACCUGACGGGGACCUUCCUGGUGACGCAGGCGGUGGCCCGGGCGCUGGUGGCCGCGGGGGCUCCCGGCGGCUCCAUCAUCCACGUGGGCAGCAUCGUGGGCAAGGUGGGCAACCUGGGCCAGGCCAACUACGCAGCGGCCAAGGCCGGGGUGGAGGGGCUGACCCGCGCCUGCGCCAAGGAGCUGGCCAGGUACGGGAUCCGGUGCAACGCGGUGCUGCCGGGUUUUAUUGUCACCCCCAUGACGGACAAAGUGCCCCCCAAAGUGCUGGAGAAGUUCGCAGGGAUGGUGCCGCUGGGCCGCCUCGGGGACCCGCAGGACGUGGCGGACGUCUGCGCCUUCUUGGCCUCGGAGGAGAGCAGCUAUGUCACCGGGGCCAGCCUGGAGGUGACAGGGGGUCUCUUCAUGUGACGGAUCCGGCCCUG